CCGGCGGAGUUUGGGUGGCCCGGUAAGGGGCGGGGCUGGGCGGGAGCGGAUACUCUGCGCCUAGGUCCCUGCGUCGGCCAAAGAGGCUUGCGCUCGCGCUCCCAAACGGUCUCCGUUCAACUCUCUACGUUGGGCCAGUCCAGUGGUGGGUCAAUGAGCCCCGCGCGCAAACUCCACAGAAGCGCGGACCGUGCUUUUGUUAAGUAGACUACACUCCAGGAGUUGUGGGCGGCAUCCCCUGGGACGUUGGAGUCCCUCUCGCAGCUGCUAGUGUGGCGCCGCCCACCGACUUCUAGGGACUGGAGCCCUGGGUCCCCGGGGCCCCCACUCAGGGUAUCUGUCUCCUCUAGUAGUGCACACGCCGCCUCCAGCCACGCACGCUGGGGCCCCCGCGGCUCCUCUCCCCUCGGGAACCGCGAUGCCCCUGGGUCACAUCAUGCACCUGGAUCUGGAGAAGAUCGCCCUUGAGUACAUAGUGCCCUGCCUGCAUGAUAUCGGCUUCUGCUACCUGGACAAUUUCCUGGGGGACGUAGUGGGCGACUGCGUUCUGGAGCGCGUGAAGCAACUGCAUUGUAACGGCGACCUGCAGGACGGGCAGCUGGCUGGACCCCGCUCCGGGAUAUCCAAGAGGCAUUUGCGGGGAGACCAGAUAACCUGGAUCGGGGGCAACGAGGAAGGCUGCGAAGCCAUCAACUUCCUCCUGUCCCUGAUCGACCGACUGGUUUUGUACUGUGGAAGCCGCCUGGGCAAAUACUAUGUCAAAGAAAGGUCCAAGGCAAUGGUGGCUUGCUAUCCUGGGAAUGGCACUGGUUAUGUUCGACAUGUAGACAACCCCAAUGGAGAUGGGCGCUGCAUCACCUGCAUCUACUAUCUGAACAAGAACUGGGAUUCCAAGCUACACGGUGGGAUCCUUCGAAUAUUCCCUGAAGGAAAGUCCUUCAUAGCAGAUGUGGAACCUAUUUUCGACCGGCUACUUUUCUUCUGGUCAGAUCGGAGGAACCCACAUGAAGUACAACCUUCUUACGCUACAAGAUAUGCUAUGACUGUUUGGUACUUUGAUGCAGAGGAAAGAGCAGAAGCCAAAAAGAAAUUCAGGAAUCUAAUUGGGAAAACGGAAACCUCCCGAAAUGAGGACUGACUUGGAGAUCAGUUGGCACUGUUCUUCUCAGAAACACAGUUCCUGAAUUCUCUGCAAGCAAUUAGAUCCAAAGAUGACCUCUUCAUUGACUCGGGAAGGAUAUUCUUUCCCAUAUGCUAGAAAUGCACCAUUUGUGUCUCUUAUCUUGCCUGUGGUACUCAGCAUUCUUCUGCCAGGACUAUAUCCAUCUCCAGACAUUCUCUGUGACUUUGGAAGAACUCAAAGACUUACCUAUUCCAGAAAUAUUGUUGAGCAACGACCUGUUCAACAAGUUUAGUAAAUGACUUUUUGGCUCCACCAGUUGUAAAGAUGAUGAACAUGGAAAUCUAGGGGAGGGAACAAAUCUUAUUUGCACUUUAUGUAAACUUUUUUGGAUUGAAAGAAAGCUUUGCCAAGAAAUGUUGCCUCUGGAAGUAAUUUGAGGGGUUGACCUAAGGAAACAGUUUAGUGUUCUUAGUACACCGCUCAGCUAGACAUAAUGUAGGGCUGUUGGACAGACUUUCUAUAGCAUUAGCUCAAGUUUAUGUUUUUUCACUGUCUCUACAAAGGGCUGUCCUUGUCAUUGUAAUACAUUCACAUAAACCUUGUUGGCUGUUCUAAUUUUGUUCCUUCUUUCUAGUCUUGGAAGUAAAGUUUCUUGCUUCUGCUCAAGUUGGGUGAAAGUAUCAAUCUUGGAUGAGAUAAGAGUACCAUUUACUUCUCUUUUUAUUUUCUUCCCUCAAGAGAUUGGUUCCUCCUCAGCAGUCUAGUCAAGGUUGGAGGUUAACCACUAUUAUACUGUUUCUUUAAUAAGGUAGAGCUUUGGAUCCAAAGGGAAGCAUCUAUCUGGACCUUAGAACCAAUCUAUAAGUAUGUAAAAACAAACCAACAAACAGACAGAUUGGCAGUUAAAUAACUCAUGCCUUAUUGUACAAAACAAAUUCCUACAUUGGCUGUAUUUCAAAUUAUACUUCUCUUCUUUGAAACGUCAUUUCUCUGUCAAGAGGUAGACAGUAGCAUAGUUCCAUUGAGUCAGACUUUAUAUGUGUGUUCACUUGUUCUGGUGGGGAAGAGAGCUCAAGAGAAUUAGCUAUGUCUUCUUCUUUUAAAUAAAUGAGGCCAUACUCUUUUGAGAAAGUGGGGUAAGAAAUAAUAUCUACAUUUCAAAAAGAAAAUAGAAAUAAAAAAUUCCUGGAAAAAACCCCCAACAACUAUGUCGAGUCAUUUGACUCUGCCUCUCCCCACAAGCUUUCAUUCCUACAACCAGCUUUUUGGUUAGUCCUUGCUACCUCAGUCUCACUCCUGUUGUCAGUGUUAUAGAGGUCAUUUUCAUUUACAGAGGUAUAAUAAUGAAAUUGUGAAAAAAAAUGUGUUCUCUAUGAUUGAGGAAACACUUUUCAUCAUCCUAAGCCCCCAUAUCACAUACCACCAUGGCAUUUCUUCACCUUUAUCUGGAACACCUUCAGUGUUCCCUUUUGUGUCUUGGAAUUGUCUCAUUUCCCUACCUAUACAGUGAAGAAGGAAAAUGGGAAAUACUUUUAUUUUCUUUGGAUAGGAAUGUUAGAUUUGGGGGAGAAAAAUGAAAAUUUAGCUUUGCCUUUCAAAUGAUGGUUAAAAAACCUCAGGCAAGUGUAAUCACCACCUGCCCCACAUCUUUUCCAUAUGGAACUCUGGAUGAUUACAAAAUGUGUUCCUUUAUCCUGCCUUUUGUCACCUUGUGUGUGUGUGUGUACACAGUUUUCUACCAGGUUAUAUUUGUGAACCCAGAACCUCAGUUCUAGAAAUCUUUGGAGUCAUGAUUAGUUUGGAGAAUGAAACUGAUCUUAUUUUCCCCAAGUGUUGUGUAGAAUAGGCUGUGAACCACUAUUGGUUGGAAGAUUAAACACACAGGAUUUCUCUCCACUAUGUUGGAUCAUGAAGAAUAUAAACUUCUCACUGAUGGAUAUAGCUUCAGUUGCACUAAGAUAGAUCUCUGAGAAAAAUGGGAAAGAUGACAAUGAGAGAAAAGGUGGUUUACCAGCUAUCCUGGUGACCAACAGUAACUUUGUGUUUUGAAGCUGACUGUUUUGAUUUGGAGUUUUUUUCCUUUUUUUUUUUGGCAGUAGACUAGAACCGUGACUUCAUCAGUAUAGAGAAAUCCUAGUCAGGAAUUUCCUCUGGGUGAUAGAAUGCAAGACUUAGAGUCAGGAAGAUCAUUCUGAGUUCAAAUCUGAACUCAGAUCCUUACUCGCUGGGUGGCCCUGGACAAGACAUUUUAACCCUGUUUGUCUCAGUUUCCUCCUAUCUCAAAUGAAUUUGAAAAGGAAAUGAAGACUCAUGAAGAGUUGGACAUGACUGAAUUGUCUCUUAUAGCCUUAGUUUCUGGGGGCAUCAAUAGGUUAAGUGACUUUUCGCCAGUCACAAAAGCCUCUAUUUCCUAAAGGUAGCAGAGAAGCCUACAAAACUACUUUUAAGCCUUUCACCACUCUUCCUCAAGUCCACUUAUGGGGCAUAUGAUUUCUAGGAGUAAAUUCUGAUUGAUUGAGUAGUAGGAUAUUAAAACUGGUGUAGCCUUGCCCUGGAACUUCCACUAUUUUUGCAAGUUUUUAAAAAAAUUCUUCAAAGUCUGACUUUUAAAUCUUAAUCUAAACCCUUGGGAGAAAGGUACUAUAUAUACAGUCUAGUGUUGAAGAAGUAAUCUAUUUUAUCCUCGGCUAAUUUGUAUGUCUGAAUUAUCCUCCUAGAAAUCAAGCCCAGAUUAGACUGAAGAUAAAACCAUGUACCCAGGGACUGUUUUUUUGAUAUUCCCUUAGCCCCUUUGUUUGGGAAGGACUGAAAACUGCCAAUGGAAAGUAAUUUGGUGAAUAAUCAGAUCAAUUGCAUGUGUAUUACUGGCAAUAGAAAUGUUAAGAGCCUUCCUAAGCAUUACAUCAUCUAAAUAUGGCAGGAUUGUCCUUAGCAGUAGAUUGGAUUUCAAUCCAAAGAUCCAAUUUUAUGGGAGUAAAAAGUCUUACUUCAGUUUGGUAAAUAGAUCUACAGUAGAGUUGUUAAUACCAAUUAAAUGCAGAGCUGUCUAAAUUAUGGAUCAUCUGUUUGAACCUGAUAUCUUUUCCUUUUUAAAUUACUCUGGCUUUUUAAUAGCAGAAUUGUCCUUAUUUAGUUGAAAUAUUUCCUUUAAAAGAAGUAGUGGUAGGUUAGAUGUCCACAAAAGAGUCAGUAGUCCUUAGAAAAUAGCUCUUAUAUAGAUAUUUAAGGUGGUUUCUUUUCUAAAGAGUUGACUGAUCAAUUAAAUGAUCAAUUGGGAUGAGGAGAUCCCCAAAAUGGUCUUGGCUUUUUUAGUAUUAGAACUUGAGUUGACAGAGGGAAUGGUCAGCUAUGUGGCUCUAGCGUAUCUCAGAAUUAAAAGAAUGUCAAGUCUUAAGUAAUUACUUUAAAGACAGGAAUUGCCUGGUGUUCUACUCCCCAGCCCUAUUAAAAAAGUAGCUGACACAUUUAAAGAAUUAUCAAAGAAAUCUUUUUAACUCAUUCUACCAUCUCCAAAUGUGCAAUUCCUCAAAUGUGAAUUUCUGCUGCCAAUGUGAGCAGGGCAAAGGAUAAAUCUUUCCAAUAUGAGAAUGGAUUUAGGGUUAUCCAUCUAUCAAUUCCUACCUGAUAAAUGCCAUAGAAGCAGCUCUAGUGGAGACAUGAGUCCUCAAAUCUUGAGGUUGGAAGAGGUACCUUUGAGAUCAUCUAGCCCCCCCAUUCCCAUCUUCAAGAUGAGGAAACAAACACCUAGAGAAGUUGAAAUGAAUCCUAUAGUCCCUUUGGGCAGCUAGGUGGCACAAUGGAUAAAAUGUCAGACCUGAAGUAAGGAAGACUUCAAAUCUGGCCUCAGUCACAUACUAGCUGGGUGACCCUGGGCAAGUCAUUUUAAUCCCAUUUGCCUCAGUUUCCUCAUCUUUCAAAUGAUCUGGAGAAGGAAAUGGCAAACCACUCCAGUAUCUUUGCCAAGAAAAUCCCAAAUGGGGUCACCAAUAAUAGGACAUGACUGAAAAAAUGACUGAAACAAGAACAAAUCUGACCCUUUGCUCUUUGUCUUUGGACAACUUUGGAAUGACUGGUUUCAGUAAUUUGAAGAGCAACACACUUUUUAAAAGGACUUUCAGCUGCCUUUUCCUUGAUAUUAUCUUUUUAAGGUUAACUCUGGGAACAGAGAUCUUUACUUGGGGUCCAUGAAUUUAAAAAAGAAUUUUGAUAACUUUCAGUAGGAUUGAUAUUUUUGUGCAUAUUUUUUAUUUUGGAUAUUUAAAAACAUCCUUAGACCAACCUACUAAGGGGACUAUAAGAUAAAAAAAAGUUAGGGUCCCUGAUUUAGAAGAGCAAGGUCACAUAUAUCUGUAUAUUAAAUAAAUAAAAAUUAGUAUGAACUACAACAGAAAAAAGUGCAAAAUGUUUUUUUUGCUUGUUUGUUUACUGAGAACAUCUAGUGCUUCUGAGGAGUCUGAGAAAACCUUGUCUCAAAGGAAUCAUAGUUUGAAAGGAAUAUUAGAAGGUAUCUAGGUCAUUCUUGCCAGUUGAGCCUCUGUGAGCAGAAGAGGGGAGAAAGUGUUGAGGGGAUGAUUACCCCACAAUUAGCUUGGGGUUCAAAUCCAGGAUCAAUGACUGAACCCAGCAGGCAUUUUUAGUCAGUAUUUCAGUGUUCUUAUAACAACAUUUGGAGGGAAGUAGCUAAAGUUCAAUUCCAUGUUGGUAUGAGACUAAGGGGGUGGGGGGAGAAUGAUGAUUUUUGCCUAAGCCCACACAACAAAUAAGCACCCCCAGUAUUUGGCACAAUAUCUGUAUAGUAGAUUACGUAGUAGAUUUGAUUGAUUGAUUGAGGUAGGGUCCUAAAGUAAAGUCUGAAUUCUCAGUCCAGUGUGCUUUUAACUAUACGCCAUGCCAUCCUGUUGCCCAAGUUAAUUUGUAAAGUUGUACCAUAAACCUAUCCAGGGACCACAUGAGGCUGAGGGGGAGAAUUUUCAGUGGAAAGGAGAUGAUCCUCCAAGAGAUAGAGCAUCUCUCGGCUGGAGCUGAACAUUAUCAGCCCCUCUAUUGGAUUCUGGGCAUUAGCUGUAAGGUGUGAACACACACAUCAUAGCUAAGUGGCACUUGCCAUCUGGAGUAAAAACAUUUGUGGUUUCCCUACUAUAUUGAAUUUGGAGCCCUCCCUUAGGCACUACAAUGAGUUUGAACAUUGGUUCUGUCAUAUUGCUAUUCUUUGUAAGAGAGGAAAAUAGAGUGCCUUGAUAUGAGGAAAGGAUAUAUUCCCCUCUUCCCCUUUAAAAAAAAAUCCAUGCUUUUCCAUUUAGGAUCUAUGGGUACAUAAGCUAGGAAAAGAGAUCUAUGUCCUGAGGCAGUGUUUCCUCUUCAGAUGGAUCCUCCAAGUAGGCAGAGUCUCAAUCCUUUUGCUCUCUUUGUUUCUAUCCCUCCAGGGACCAUUGUGGAAAGACUGAAUUCUGGGGAUGUGAUGGAGAGCUCCAAACACUUGUUUUUCAGAGGCUUCCUUUUCCUUGUACUUUUGUAAGAUUGACUUUAGAACAGAGGUUGUUAACUUGGAGUCCUUGGACAGAUUUUAGUGGGUCUGUGAAUUUAUGGGGAAAUUUACAUCUUUAUUUUCACUAAACUCUAAAAUUUGGCAUUCCUUCAAUUAUGAAUUUUAAAAACAGUUCUGAGGAUGGGUCCAUAUCCUCCAUCAGACUGCCACUGAUGUUCAUGAUGUAACAAAAGUUAAGAACCCCUGGACUGGAAAAAUACUUAAAGACCCUCAUCAACUAUUUGAAGGUUUUUUUUUUUUUUUUAGCUCUUCAGUAUAUUCUGAAAGUUGAAAUAUGGCCCCUAGCUCCUCUUUUUUUCUUUUUUUUUUAAAUUUCCUUUUAGCAAUUUUCCUGACCUUGCUGUAGUAGAAUGCUUUGGAAAAUAGUUGCUGUUUUUUGUAUCACUCACAGGUAAAUAAUCUUCCAUUCAUUUCAGUGCUUGAGUAUUUUCAGAAAAAUCUAUAAAGACCACUUUGUGAUUUCAAAAGGGACAAAGCCUGCCUGGGGCUGUGUGUGUGUGCUGGUCACCACCACCUUUGGAUUGUGGCUGAUUAAAUGUGUCUAUGUUGCCCUUACCAAACCCUACAGGUUGACUUAAAUUGUGAAAUGAAAUCACUUCCGUACUUCAAGAAUCAAUAAACACUGGGUUAUGUUCAAA